GGAUGAUGUUGCGAGUCAGCAGUUCGCUCAACGGGCAGUGGUUAUUAUGAAAUUUACCAAGAAUUUACUUAACUCCCACCAGCUAUCUGCAAAUGCACAGUUACGUAAAAAGUUUUUUAAAAAAUGUGCUGCUCACAUAAUCAUCACAUGUGCAACACACUGUACAGACCUCCAGUGGACAUCAGCUGCUUCAGUUAAAGAAUCUAAAGACUUACAGUCUGUGUUGUGCAAUGCGUGUAGUGUGCCCUCUAUCAGGGAACUACUUAUAUGGGACAAUUCGUUGGAUGCACCAGAGGGAGACCGUGUCCUGACUCAGGAUGUGUUGAGUCACGUUCUGAAAAUACUGCAGCCAAGACUAACGAAAGCUACGUGGAAGGGAGAACCUAUUUGUAGACAUGUGUAUAAAUGGUGCCUUAUGCAAAUGAAGCACCCUCAUCUUGGAGAACAUCUUGAUAUGGUCCUACCCCCAGCCUUGCUAUUCACAGAUGAUUAUCAGAUGCAUAACAAGAUUCUUGGGAUAGAAUGUCUGACUCACAUAAUCACGGAAGUGGAUGCUACUGAAUUGAAAUGGCACAAUAGGGCAGGUGUUGUCUAUGAGGCAGUGCAUUCACAAAUCUACUCAAACAAAGCGCCUCUCUUGGACGUUGUUAUUCCGUGCAUUCUAGGUAUUCUUGGAGUCAUAGAGAAAUCUCCGAAAAUAGCUGAUGGAGUGAGAAAUGUUAAUAGAUAUGAUGAAGUAUUGCAAGUUCUACUAAUGAACAUGAUGGGAGAGCAAGUUAUUGUCCUUAGAAGACUCUACUUAAGACAUGUUCCUUUGUUCGUAGACAAGAUGGGCAUCACUAUCGUACGCCAUAUUAAGCCCUUGUUGCGAAUAAUAACAAGCUACAUUGAGGUCAGUGAUAGUCAGGAUGAGGAAGGACGAUUGUAUACGUUGCAUCUAAUAAAUUGCCUGAUACAAGCUGCUGGGUUUCGUUUACCAAGACACUCAGAUGUUCUUCUUAAGGCAUUGCUUAAACUUCUUUACGAUUCAUGUUUACAAGACUUUAACUCAAAUCAACAAGUGACUACAAAGAUCCAGCUUUCUGUGGUAGACACAUUGAGAAAUCUUCAGUCAGUGUGUUAUGAUUCUGUUAAUCAGAAUUUGAAGCAAGUUAUCAAAUCUGAAGUGAAGAGAGUUCCACGGUUUAUAGAUUAUGUCAAGCAAGUUGUUGGUGUUUCACCUGCUAAAUUAUAGCUGUUUGAGCUAUUUACUGUAUUUUAAAAGUGGUGCUAUUUUCAUAUAUUUGAUUAUUUAGGCCUAUUUAAAAAAAUCACCAAUGGCAAUUAUAAUUGCAAAUAUAUUAAUAACAGCAAGUUGUCCCAACAGCAACUAAUCAUGCAAGUCCAAUGGCUGAGCUGUGACUUAAAGCAGGGGUGCCAAAACCUUCAGCCAUGGCACUGGUUAGAACGGCAUGCUCGUCUCUGGUUCUCUUGGAUAAGGACUUUAAACUGUAGUCCUAGUGCACACAAUUAGCACACUACAGUAUAAAGAAGCCAGUACAUCUUUUGAGACAAGGGGCCGGUGGGGGGGGGGCCGGUGGGGGGGGGGGGAGGGGUGUUUCACUUCAGUGCACUGGUCUAAACAGCCACUUUGGUUUGGACAGACUAGAGAAAUUGGCACCGGUUUACCGGGUAACUCAGACUUAAGGGGAGAAGGAAGUUACUGUAUGAGGUAGUCAACACAACACCUUGAGUAAUUCGAGUAUAAAGUGCUAAAUAUAACUACUUAAUAAUUAUAGGCUAAAAAUAUAACUUAAUUUACCAAGAAUGUGAAAUACAGUAGAAGCCAGGGAGGGAUUUUACAUUAGAGGCUCUACAACACCUCAGCCCCACCAUGGUUUGUCUGAGGUACAAAAUUUUAUAGCACCUCUAGAUGGCUGCGAAUUUGAAUAUAAUUUUUGAAAAUUGAAAAUCUGCCUUUGAACAUAUGACCUACCUUUUUACUCAGAAUACUAAUCCAAUAAUGAGCAUAAUGAAAUCAAAAACAAAAUAUAAACACUAGAUUUAUUUGUUUGAAGAUUGUUUGUUGAUGUCAAUCUAUGAAUGUUUUAUUACGUUUGCUGCUGAGGUGCUCAACUUCCAGCACCAGCUGCAGGUUCAAUCUAUCACGCAAUUAAUUACAAUAAUAAGUGCAAAACAUACAGUUAAUUCAUUUCCAUCCCUCUUUAUUAUUAAGUUCUGUCAAUUUGUCACCACAUAGUAAACUUUCUGAUGGCUAUGGGUGUUCCCAUUCCUCUAACUAUUAACAACACAUCUUUCUAAAAUAUUUUUUACUUGAACUAAAUUUAUAACAUAAACAGUUAUGUAUUCUUGCUUUAUAUACAUUUUUACAAUUGUUUAUAAAAAUCAAAUACAUUUAAAUUAUUAUAAAAUGAAUUAAGGCCAUUUUUUCUGUGGAUUUAUUAAUUGGUCAAAUUAAGCAGUGUGUCUGGUCAGUUUGAUCCCCUAAAAAUUCCUGUGUGAACAGUAUGCAUAAACUGAUCAGAUUACUCAUGUCGAUUAGAAAGUUUAAUGGAGCGAGUUUUGCACAGAAAGAAUGUACCGUUUUUCCUGAGCAGAAAAAUGUAAUGCGUGCACAACUCAGUUGAAUUUGAAUUUUUUUUAGCGCAAGCUAUUACUGUAUCGCGCACGUCACUUAACAUUUCGCAGAACGUAUCCACAAUUAGAAUGAUAAUGCACGAUUAAAAGUCAUGCCACCUUAAAGGCUACUGCGCAUUUAACUCCACGUUUGAACAAUGGUAGGAUUUUACCCAUUGAUGUAAAGUGAACACAGCUUUUGGAAUUAUAGAAUAUCUAUUAUUUUAGUUUUGUAUUGAAAACAGAAGAGCAAACGAAAAUAUUACGACAAGGUUAACAAACUUUAAUUAUAUCUUGUAUUCGUUAUUCUCAGACACUUUACUCCCCGGCACUGUCCCCAAUUUUCCCAUUUUACUUGUUUUUAUAGACCUAUCAUCACCCAUAUUAUUGUAUUUAGUACAAUAUAAUAAAUUACAGAAUUAAUAGCCCUAACACUUACAGCGGACACUUCAAGGUGUUAAGUAACGAUGUCUAGAUAAACUUGUCACAAGGUUUUGAGUUCAAUAAUAAUAUAAUAUAAACCCUUAUAAAACUACUAACCUUAGACUAUUUAAGCAAUAUUUGAAUUUUUUGUCUAUAGGCCCAUUCAUCUAAAUCAAAAUAUCAGCCUGGGCUUAAGUUUUAUUUUAAAUUUGAUUUUAUGUAAGAAGGUACCAUCAUUAAUCCUUGUUUUCAUAAAAAAAAAAAAAA